ACUGUACCAAUAGAUUGAUCUUUCGCCAGAUUUCCAGAGAGACGAUGAACUUUGCGAUCUGGUUGCUGUUUUGAAUUCUUACCUCUCCAGCAACGCGAGCCUGUCAAGUGGAUCUCUGGCUCUGUCAUCAUCAUCAUCAUUGAUCGGAGGAUCCUGAUCUGAACCGACCAAUUCCGCCCCUCAAACGACCAACCCGUUGCACCCGUGCCCGUCAACGGCCAUCACCUGCAUUUACUACCUUCCUGUCGCUUCGCAGUGCCUCUACCGAAUACACUUUGAUUUCCUCACAUGUCGCAUGGUUCCCCUCGCCGAUCAUCCAUUGUCUUCAAAUCACCGGCACCGUGAUUCGGCCUUGCCGCCGACAUGCUGAUUCCCGAGAGCGAGGUUGGCCUGUUCCGACGGCAAAAUGCGCCGAACAAUAGCUCAGAAAGCCCGAAAAGCGGCCUUCCUUCGCAAACAGUCGUUCUUGUUGUUAUGAUCGUCAUAAUUGUCUUCAUCGUCGUUCCAACAACUUACAUUGGCUUGCGCAAAUUGCGGCAACGAAACGACAACCCAUUUUGGAUACCCACCGCAUUUCUCAAAAGACGAUGGCGGGCAUGGCAGCCUUCAGGAUCAGCAAACUCCGACAAAGGAACCUACAGCUCUCAAUUACAAGAGUCAUCGUCAAUGCAAUCUCAGCAUCUCGCGGGAGCGACUCGCAAUGUCAUCCCGGUUCGAGACGAUCUUAACCAAGGCCUUCAAGUCCAAGUGGACACGCAUGCCCAGCCCGAAAUGAGCAACGCCGAUCGCAUCGACCGUCAUACCAGCGUCCGGUCUGUCAUGACACUUCCUGCAUAUUCGCGCUCAGUCCGUGACAAUGAACGUGUACUCGGCCGCGAGGGUGAACGAGAUGGUGUCGACGUUGUUCUUGAAGCGCCUGAAACGGAGCAAGACGAGGAGGGUAGAAGAGAGGAUGAGAUGGAGAGUCUGUACCAAAUACGAGUCGCGCGGAGAAGAGAGAUUGCCGAGCGGGAGGAUCGCAGACGACGCAGGAGGGAAGCGCGUGAUCGUGGGGACUACAUGGCGGCCGAAAGAAUUCGGGUCGAAGGACUACAAGCAGCACGACAGAGAGAAAUCUCUGGCGCUGCAGCCAUGAUCGCUGAACAUCAGUCCCGUAAUCGCGAUCGCCGGGUGAGCAGCGUCAGCUAUGCAGACUUGGGUGUUGCGCGACACGACGGUACUCGUAUACGCGCAAAUUCCAACGACGAUGAGCGGCCCCUUCUCGACUCUGCAGCACCAAUCCACGGUAGUUCAAGCCUCACCCCCUGGGCUUCCCGUGACACCGGCAGCGCUUAUCACAAUCGCAACCGUUCCAACACAACCGGCUCUCAGACGUCUUUGGCUCCAGGUGACGACGACUAUAGCCAACGCCCAUCCUUUAGCAGCGACGUGAAUCAAUCGCGGCCUUCUCUUGGUCGUUUCGGCAGUAGCAAUAGCGACCUCGAGAUUGUCACGUUACAGUCAACUCCUUCAUCCACAGUCCAUUCUCGCAACGCUUCUUAUACCCACGCUCCACGACAGCCAUCACCACUACCCUCUUCGCGGAGUCGCUCGUCUUCUCACGCAACUGCCAUGCGCCCGUCAAUCGACACCCACUUCGUGCCAGCCAAUGGCGACCUCGGCGAAACACCAAUCCCAACCAUCGACCCACCAUCUUACGAUAGCUCCGCAAACAUCAGCGGAAGCAGCACGAGUGCCGGAUUUGAGGACGCCCCACCGUACAGCUCACCUUUACAGACUCGGCCACCGCAUUCUUCCUUGACCGCAGCCACAACUACAAAUUCUGCAACUCCCAGCAGUAGUAGCCCAGGUCUUUCAUUACUCCCGCCAAUCGCACGACUACCGAGCAUUCGCAUCGCCGAGGCGACUCCGAUCGAACCUCCUGCACGAUGGCAAGAUGAAUGGCCAGCCGCUUCACCUGUCUCACCUGUGAGACCCAAAGGCGACGAGGAUUCGAGAUUUUAAAGGCGAAAAUUUCGUCAUCUGUGUUCUUCAUUUGAUUGAUUUCAGCGUUUCAUCUUCCGCGUGGCAGCUUUUGAGCGAUUUUCGGACAGGCGUUGUUUUGUUUUGAUCUGGGAUUAUCAUGAUUGCGUGGGGCCUUGAUGAGGAUUUACUGCUUGGACAGCGCUAUCGGUUUUCUUAUAGCCUCUUCCCGUCUUUCCACUUCUACGUCUGCCUGCUUCUACUUGUCAUUCUGUCUGUAGCUUUAAUGAAUGGUCGUACAAGACUUGAUUCUACUGUCGCCUUGUCAUUGUCGUGCAGGUGCAUGGAAUGCCAAAUUGGUUCUACAUCAAGUCUGUAACGAUCAGAGUCCGCUCUGACUUUGAGUAGACAAUACAAACCAUUGAGUACUGGUGGCA